AUGUCCGAGUUCGAAGGCGAGGACGCGGUUGAGCUGUUUACUUUUCGCGCCAAGGAGGCAAACUGCAACAACAAUAAACUGCUGAAAAGACUGAAGAAGGAAACUAAGCGUGCGUGCCUACCAAGUUCGACAGCGAGCAAUACGGAAGGCCCGUUAUAUGAGAUGUUGCCAACGGUAGACAAAAUUCAACGAGCACUCGAGCCCGGCGAAGUGCUGCGUUCACUGUGUUGCCACUGCCGGUUGUGUGGAAACGAGGAUGACGAUGAGAGCGUCCACGAGUUCGACCAAAUGGUUUCCAAUGGCAAUAUCUUUCGACCCGACAACAUCAAAGGCCUCGCUGGACUAAUAUUCUGCGGAUGUCUCUUCGCUCUGAAGGCAUUCUCAUCAACUCAAUGCGAAGACCGAACUACCCAAAACGUGCCAAUCAUUCUUCAGCAACGCAUCUCGCCAGUUCCUUCUAGAAGGGAUCCAAAUGUUUCGGUUUCCUUCUACUUAUCCAAGAUUGAGCCAGGCUGCGCUCGACUACGAGGUCAUGAGGAUAAAGACUUAUUUCGCAAGGUCUACGACUACAGGCCUGACGAAAACGACUACAUUCAACGCGCUAUCCUGGAGGCCAAUAUUGCCAUCAAAUUGGCGGAAAGAAAUCACGGGAGCAUAGCACAUGUGCUACUUGCCUUUCAUCGGAAGGACUCAAACCGCCACUACAUUGAAUUGAUGUUUCCCAAAUACCUGAGUGACCUUGGAAAGCUCUUUUCAGGAAGUUAUACGCCUUCUGAACCGCAAUCAACUCAGAAUCAUACGGGGUUCGACCAUCCAUUAUGGAAAGCUGCCAUUGAUGUUGUGGACGCGCUUGCCGUGAUGCACGAUGCUAUCAACAAGGGGGAGAUAGAUUGCAACGGUCAUUUCGAUAUCAAGCCGGCCAAUAUACUGAUCAAGGAAUAUGGCAAAGAGGUGACGCUCCUCCUUGCCGACUUUGGGGAGGCUGCGGGCAAUCGGUCGGGCACUCAGGACCAUAAACCUCCAGAAAGAGAUGCCCAAGACGAUCGAAAUGUGGGAGAUCUGACGAAAUCGUACGACAUUUGGUCCAUGGCUUGCGUGCUACUGCAGGUGUGCAUUUAUAUCACGAAGGGACAAGGUGGAAUUGAGUCUUUCAAUGCCGAUCGCUUCCGACCAGACUCCUCCAAUCCUGAAUUCUGGCACCUGGAAGCCAAUGGGAGGUUGGGGCUUCGACCAUCAGUUACGGCUGAAUUAAAGGCGAUCGAAAGGCUUUUGGUUGAAGACACUAGGACACGAACCAUCGUUGCAACUUUGCGCUUGAUGUUCAAGAUUGAUCCGACGAAGCGACCCACCGCUGCGGCUUGCUUGGGUUACCUCACAUGUCCUCGUAACCAAAAUCUGGUUCACAAGGGGCUUCAAGAUUGGAAUAUAUCCUACACCGCCACCGAGAGAUCACCACCGAUUCGAGCUACGCUGUGGUUGUACCGAGAUCAACGUAAUCGAGCCGACCGAGCUGUCACCGAUGAAGAAAUCACUCUUAACAACCAGCUCGUCAAAUUCGAGACGAAAGCAAUCAAAGAAGUGUACUUCAUACCUCCUCGAGCCUUCUUCGAUUCGGGGUCCAACACUCAAUCCACAUUCGCUUGCUGCUUCCAAAACCUCCAUGACGGCGUCACCUUUCACUUCACUCGUCUGGAUCAAUAUCUGGAUUUCAUCAGACUAAUGACUUAUCAGAAGAUUAUGCCGGCUGAGUGUAAUAAUCUCGCAAGCGGGAUGCAGAUUCGGGUCUCGAGAACCUCAAUUCGGACGAAAGGCAAAUUUAUCUUCAGUGACACGUCUAAAUUCAUCGGGGCUCUAUGGACGAAGACGAACAACAUGGCCAACCAGUUGGUUUGUGUUGUGAUUGACAUCGGUACAAAAGCAUUAAGGGUGGAAAUCCCGGAGAACUCAACGAUUGUAUGCCUGACACAACUGCGCAAUACGGCUUUUCGUGGUGCCGUGCUCAAGGCAUUGAACAACGAGGGGAUUCCCGGGUUUCCGAUAUCGCCGGAUCUACUUUCGACGAAGCUGCACCUCCAAUUGGAAAAGGUUAAGAUCACGUUUGAAGGCCCGCAAGAUCGAGAAAAUUUUGUAACAAUUUUGAAGAACGGAGGGAUUCUCAAAUAG